CUAAAUUCGUGAAUGAAAAUUCUCAAAGUGAAUAAGCCUACUGAGUUCCCUUUGGAACAAAAAAAACACGUUAUGCUUACUUUAAACUGCUUUAUCACUACUCUAGCUAAAGUCUGUACACGCCCGAAGUCGUUAUAAAUACUUGUUUGAGAUGAAAGUCCUCCCAGAGUUGGAAUUGGUGUGAUGUGAGUUCCGACGGCUUGUACUUUUGCAAACUCCAACGGUUUGAAAUGCUAAAGAUAAUUACACACUCUAUACUGGUGCUUCUAUCAGCUGCCGCCUGUGCCGCAAACGGGACAUGCGAAGAGCCACGACGCAGAAAUACUUUCUUCAAGCUGAAGCAUAAAGACCGCAUGUUGAUCGAUCACGUGAUAUCCUCCCAUGACGUCACAAAUCCAAUCCAUUGUUCGAUGGAGUGCUUGUCCAAUCAGCGCUGCGUCUCCUUCAACUUGAAAAAGCAGAUCACGCCACCACACGUGUGCGAACUGAACAACCAAUCAGCAGUUGCGGUGCCAAUGGCUCUGGUCAACAAGACUGACAGUGAUUACUUUGAUAAUAGAGAUGAUUUAGCGUGUGCUUCAUUCCCCUGUGCCAACGGUGGAACGUGCUCCGACUCAUGUGAUCUUGGUAGUUUUCACUGCACAUGCGCACCAGGGUUUGCGGGAGGAAUGUGCCGUAUAUGGGAAGGGUGGAAUGGCUCUAGUGCCCAGACCCCGGGACGCUCAUGCCUACAGUUGAAAGAAAUGGGUUUCGCUAGGGGCGACGGAAAGUACUGGAUCCGACCAAAACUUGAAAUUCAACCUUUCACUGUGGUCUGUGAAAUGACGACCGAUGGAGGUGGAUGGACCCAGUUGAAGGAGUUUGUUUAUGGUUUAACAACAUUGUUCACAACUAUGGAAAGGACGCCCAAUUACACUAGAAUCACAGAAAACAUUGCUCAUGAAGAUCUGCUCGUCACAACUAGUGGGCUUGCAAAUCUUCAGAAAGACAUUGGCUUCGAUCAAUUGCGCUUCUAUUGCCGCAAGCAGGCUGUCAACAGGACAGUCCAUAUAACGACAAACAAAGACGAGAAAGGACGACAGGCUAUAAGGUGUCUUCUGGAGACGCCAGAUCCCCGGACAGUUGCCUGUCGCUCGUUUACUCGUCUCCCUGACGACGACUCCAUCUUGACCCAAAACUGUGACAAGUGGGGCAACAACUGCCCUAACACCCCCUGCAACCACUGGGGACACACAGGUUUCAACGGAAACUUAAGAGUCUAUUGUCGACUAGCCUUUUAUAAAGACAGUGACGGUAUAGUCCGAACGUUUGGUGUCCUUCCCGCGAGAAAUGAACUGUGGUGUGAUGACCAUAGACACGAUAAUCUUAGACAUGGCGAUAAGUUCUCGAUCUACGCAAGAUAAGUCUUUUCUAAUAUUCAAAUUUUCGAAUAGGCGCCCCUUUAGUUCUUUACUUUAUGCUAACGAGUCUUGAACGUGAAGCGAGGGUCAGGUGUUAUUUAUAGGCUUAGCAUCACUCUACACGACCAGUCCCCAGAGCUCUUUGUGCUCUUUCUUGCCUCAAACACAGGUAUCCCGAGGUAUGCCGAGUAUCGACGAGGCUGACUCAACUUCAUUUCCUAAGGGGGAGUUAUUGCAACGGGAUGCACACCUCCUACAUAAGUCAUAUGUAUGAUAUGCAUGAUAUGUAUGAUAUGAAAGCAUAGCACUUUUUGGCCGCCAGGGGUGGACUACGCAUCCCCCUGUGUAAAAUUCAAUGUCAAUUUAUUAUACUUUCAAAUUUAUAUUUAAUUCAACUUUAUCUAUCUGGAUAUCGAUCUAGACUUUGAGCAUGAUCAAGUUCGAGCUAGUUUGAUUUGGCGUACAAAAGUAUCUAUGAUUAUUAUGUCUGCAUGAUCACAAAUGUACAGUAUCUAAUGGAUUAAUAAAAAUUUUGUUACAACUCAAA